AUGAAUUCAGGUGAGUCAGACGCCGUCAAUGAAUCCCCAAAUUCCACUCCGCCGCUCAAGGACGAAUUCCGAUCAGCUCUUCUCUCCUUCGCCUCCACCUACGCAAAAGGACCGCUCGCAGGCUACUCGAGCACGUCCGAUUUCAGCUCGUUUUCGGUCGAAGUAAUCUACGACAAAUUGGAAGUCAAUUCACUCCUCAACGAAGCAAUCCGAGAUCUCCGACGCAUCGCCGACAGCAUGAUCGCCGCCGGCAAUUCCAGAGAGUGCAUCCGCGUCUACGCCGGCGCGCGGAAGUCCGCCUUGGACGAGAGCUUCAAAAUUUUAGGAAUCGAGAAUUCGAGCGCGAAGAUCAUCCAGCGCCUCGAGUGGCGCGUCCAGCAGCAGAAGAUCCGGCUAUGGAUCCGCAACGCCGAGAUCUGCGUCCGAGUUCUCUUCGCCGAGGAAAGGCGAUUGGCCGAGCAGAUCUUCAAAGGUUUGGGAAAUUCCGAUUUUGACGAUGCUUGUUUCGUCGAAACCGUCCGCGAUCACGCCGAUUCGCUCUUCAAUUUUGCCGAGGCGAUUAGCAACGGCCGGAAAUCGCCGGAGAAAAUGUUUAGUGUUUUGGAUCUGUACAUAACAAUCUCGAAUCUGUUGCCUGAUGUGAAAACGGUUUUCCAGUGGAAAUUUGGGAUAUGUGUGUGUAAAAAAGCUGUGGAUCUGUUGCUUAGCUUGGCCGAUGCUGCUAGAGCUAUUCUAUUAGAGUUCGAGACGGCGGUGAUCGGAGAGCCGACGAAUUUUCUGAUCACCGGAGGCUCGAUCCACCCGUUGAAUACGGCGGUGAUGGAUUACAUCGAUUCAAUCGUCGAUUACAAGCAGAUAUUGACGCUGCUGAUCGUGCGCAAGCCUUUGCAGAUCGACCUAGAUUUCUCAACGGAAUCAUCGAAUUCGCCGUUGGUGCUUCACUUGCUCUGCAUCAUCGAAGCUCUGUAUCUCAACCUCAAGGCCAAAUCCAAGCACUACAAAGACGCAGCAUUAUCUAAUUUCUUCGUGAUGAACAACGUGCACUACAUCGUUCAUCGGAUCAAAGGCUCGUUCGAGCUGAGGGAGAUGAUCGGAGAGGAAUUCACGAACAGGUUAGCCGAUGAGUACAAUCUCACAGCCAGUUUCUACCUGAAUUCAUGGAAGGGCGUAUUUGAUUGCUUGGAAAUCGACUGUUUUGAGAGGCUCGGAGGCUUGUUAGCUGGCUCGUUUUUCUGGAGGCUGAGGUUUAAGGCCUUCCAAGCCAGGUUUAAGGAGGUUGUUGAAGCGCAGAGUGGUUGGAUCUUGGCCGAGGCUGAGCUUCGGAAUGAGCUUCGGAUUUUGGUUUUGCAGAUGAUCAUGCCUCUUUAUACUGCGUUUCUUCAUAGGCAUGGGAGAAAUGUUGAGAGGCUGAAGCAGUUUGGGAAUUUUUGCGAUGUUGAGAAAGUUGUGAUGUGUUUGUUUGAAGGAUAG